UUAUUAGUUGAAAUAUAGCAUCAAGGUCUUGGAUCAGUGUCACAGGGGUAAUCUAGGGUAAGCACUGUGCACGGAAGCACAUCACUUGCUUCAUCGUGGAUUCCAACACAAAGGUGUCUGCUCUAAGUCCCAGACUCAGGUGCUUAUCAAAAAAUUCUAACCAGCGAAGGAAAGUGAACUUCCAUUUUAAGGAAGGAUGCUGUCCCUGUCGCGGGUGUUGGUGAACGCCGCGGCGCGAUCGCCGGUUGCGGUCAGCCAGUGCGGCGCGACGGCCCUGAGUCGGUUCAGCAGCGCCGCAGCUCAGCAGGAUAAGCCGAAGAAGACUAAGUUCGGGCCGCUCGCAGACCAGGAUCGGAUUUUCACCAACUUGUACGGUCGCCAUGACUGGAGGUUGAAGGGUGCCAUGAGUCGGGGUGACUGGUACAAGACGAAGGAGAUCCUGCUGAAGGGGGUGGACUGGAUCCUCAACGAGGUGAAGACCUCAGGCCUGAGGGGAAGGGGCGGAGCCGGCUUCCCCACCGGCAUGAAGUGGAGCUUCAUGAACAAGCCGAGCGACGGCCGGCCGAAGUACCUGGUGGUGAACGCCGACGAGGGGGAGCCGGGCACCUGUAAGGACCGGGAGAUCAUGCGCAGCGAUCCGCACAAGCUGGUGGAGGGGUGCCUGGUGGCCGGCCGAGCCAUGGGAGCCCGCGCCGCGUACAUCUACAUCCGGGGCGAGUUCUACAACGAGUCGUCGAACCUACAGGUGGCCAUCAACGAGGCCUACGCCGCCGGCCUGGUCGGCAGGAACGCCUGCGGCUCGGGCUACGACUUCGACGUGUUCGUCAUGCGCGGGGCUGGCGCCUACAUCUGCGGCGAGGAGACGGCGCUCAUCGAGUCCAUCGAGGGCAAGCAGGGCAAGCCCCGCCUCAAGCCGCCCUUCCCGGCCGACGUGGGGGUGUUUGGCUGCCCGACGACGGUUGCUAACGUGGAGACGGUCGCGGUGGCGCCCACCAUCUGUCGCCGCGGUGGUUCGUGGUUUGCCACUUUCGGGAGGGAGAGGAACUCCGGGACCAAGCUCUUCAACAUCUCGGGCCACGUGAACACCCCCUGCACCGUGGAGGAGGAGAUGUCCAUCCCCCUCAAAGAGCUCAUCGAGAGACACGCGGGAGGAGUGCGGGGCGGCUGGGACAACCUACUUGCAGUGAUCCCCGGGGGGUCCUCCACACCCCUCAUCCCCAAAUCGGUGUGCGAGGAGGUGCUGAUGGACUUUGACGGCCUCAUUCAGGCACAGACCGGCCUGGGCACGGCUGCACUCAUCGUCAUGGACAAAUCCACGGACAUCAUCAGAGCCAUCGCUCGCCUGAUUGAGUUCUACAAGCACGAGAGCUGUGGCCAGUGCACCCCCUGCAGGGAAGGAGUGGACUGGAUGAACAAGAUGAUGUGGCGAUUUGUGCGCGGGAAUGCAAAGGUCUCGGAAAUCGACAUGAUCUGGGAGAUUAGCAAGCAGAUCGAGGGACAUACCAUCUGCGCGUUGGGAGAUGGAGCUGCCUGGCCAGUACAGGGAUUAAUUCGACACUUCCGCCCCCUUAUGGAGGGUCGCAUCUCCGAGUUCCAGGAGCAGCAGCAAGCUCGGGCUUGAGAUACAUUUCUGCCACUCAUUUCAGCCUCUCUGUUCUAUUAUUAUUUAACAAAACUGCUUAUAAUUAUGAAUCAUUACAUGAGCUCUCUCUGUAUGAAAUCUCCAAUAAAGUUCUAAGAACCUUA